CACCCACAAACCACACCCAGCAGGAUUCGUGGGCGGCAGCAGGUGCCCAGCAAAUGGUAGCCGUGGUCGUAACACUUGACAAGGGCCAGGGAGGUACCCCUGGAGGAGAUGGUGGCAGGGCUGGACUGCCUCAGACAGGCGGGGCUUCACAGGGAGAGAUGCAGAGGAGGGCAGUCCACAUGGAAGGCUCAGAACAAGCAAGGGGGACAAAGGCAGAAAACCCAAUGUGAAUCCAGCGGUCUGGACAGCGGUCUGGACAGAGGGCUGCAGAGCCCCAGGGGCCAGGAUCAGAAGCUGGACUCCAUCCUGGCCUCUGGGGCUGAGGAAGGAAAUGCCUCUACCCCCUGCUGGCUCUAGCCUGGGUGGGGGUGUCCCUUGGGAGUCUUGCUUCCUGUUCUCCCACCAGCCUGGCCCCCUUAUAAACUGUCAUCCUUCCUCAGGACACCAGCAAGAUGGGCCUACUGUGGACCCCAUUCUCCUUUUUGCUCCUCUUGCUUGGGAAGCCCCUAAGGACCCAAGGCCACCCCAGCUGCCCCGAACCCAGGGAACUGGAAACCAGCAGCACUGUCCUCCUGCCCAGUUGUCCUGGAGCCCCAGGAAGUCAUGGACAGAAAGGAGCUGCAGGCCCUCAAGGGCAACCUGGACCACCUGGCAAGAUGGGGCCCAAGGGUGAGCCUGGUGAGUGUGCCAGGAGCUGCUAGGAGCUGCCAAGCUGGCGUGCCACGUUGAGUGGCUGGUGCUCUCUGUGCCUACUCGAGGGCAGAGACCUCCCAGCUUUUUGUGACAAGGACACCAAAGAAGGCGGCUGGCUGUGUUCCAAAGGCGACAGAAAUGGUUCUGUGGGUUUCUUCUGCUCUUGGUCCUUCUACACAGCAGGUUUUGGGAGCCAGGAGUCCAAAUUCUGGCUGGGGAAUGAGAAUUUGCACCAGCUCACUCUUCAGGGUAAGUUCCCAGCAGGGCCCCAGGAGACUUGGAGGGGGGAUGCAUUUCGGGACUCCCUGCGCUUCCCCAACGGGAAGCCCUUCACCGCCUAGGAUGUGGACCGGGAUUCGAACAAGAGCAACCUCGCUGUGAUUGUCCACGGUGCCAGGGGAUGGGCCACCGGCCAAUCCAAUUUCAGUGGGCGCUACGCAGUGUCUGAGGCCACUGCUCCCAAGUGUGGCCUGGACUGGGGCUCAGGCCAGGGCGUGGGCCACCCUUACCGCGAGGUUCACGUAAUGCUCACUAGGAUACUGGUAGCUGGUCCCCUUAUCUCUCCCUUACCGCUUCCCCAUUGCUAA